AUGCCGAGCAUCAACUUCUCCCCUUACGCACCGCGACGCCGCCGGUCGCCGCGCGUGGUCAUCACCUGGGUCGCCGCAUGGCUCACGGUCCUGACGCUGACGUGGUGGAUCGUGACGCGGCGGUCGUCCGCUGGCCUGACAGCAGGCGGCGGCGGCGGCGGCGUGAUCAAGGGCAAGGAAGUCCCUCCCGAAGCUGGUGCCUGA